AUGGAGUGGUACAGGUACAAUGACGACUGGGGCGCCCCUACGUUAGGUUUGUUGGAAGACAUGCCGGUAUCUGAGGGUUACUAUUCGGCGCCGGAAGUGGCAUACAGGCGGAGCGCAUUGGACGACGUGCGAGGAUAUACACCGCUGCGGCAAUCGCGGGUGCAGGUGGCAACUAAUUUGUGCAGAAAGGGCCUGCUCCGCGGUAAGGCAGGUCAACCCACUUCACUCGCCUGGCGACCGGAAGGCGACCGUGUUUUGUGCGGCCUCGGUAGUGGCGAGAUAGCGGCCUAUUCGCGCCUCACACUCGACUGUGAAGACCUCAAACGAGUCCUCGCCGCCAGCUCCGAAAUCACCAAAAUCGUCCCGCUCCAUAAGUCCGUCCGACUACUCCUCGGCGACGCCAGCGGCAGUAUACACCUCACCAGCACCAACCUGGCUCCCGUGAGCAUUAUUUCG